GUUUUGUGCGGUUUAUGGCCGCGACGCAAGGCAGAUCGAGCAGAUGCGUGGAGGGGGGGCAGGGGCGCAGGGGACGGGCCGAGUAUAAAACCAGAAGCAGACGGCAGAAAGACACAAGUCGCAUCAUGAAAGCAGCAGCGGGAUUCAGCGUUGUGGUGGCCUGCCUGUUCCUCGCGGCCGGGUCGCCCGUCCCAGAGGAUGUCCGCCCCAUCUCGUUUGCCGUGACCGUCACGCCGCCCACCACCUCCCUGAAGGGCCUGAUCGACGCCCAUGAGAACAUCAGCUCCGUGUGUGCGAGCAUGCUGCCGGCCCACGGCAACGCGCAGGCGCAGAACAGCGACGCGCCGUACAAGGUGGAACUGUCUGACACGACGGUGGCGCCCGGAGGCGUCGUGACAGUUGAGUUUUCUGGUGUGGGCGAGCAACAGUUCAAAGGUCUCUACGUCCAAGCCCGCUCGCCGCAAGACGUGCAGGUGGGACAUUUCCUGCCAUCUGAGGACAAACACGUGACCCUCUCCAGCUGCGGUAGUGGUCAGGACAACGCCGUCAGCUACAUCAGCUAUGAUUCGACACCCGCGUUCAGCUUCCGGUGGGUCGCUCCGGAUGAACCGACCACAGUGACAAUCACGGCCACCAUUGUCGAGACUUUCUCAAAGUUCUGGGUUGCAGUCAGGUUUGGUUCCGUGGAAGUGAAGAACUGAAUCCACGUGUUUUGACAGCUCCAAGCUGCAUCUCGUUACUGACGCAUGUACCAGAACCCAGUAAUGCCAUGAUCUACAGUUUGUCGCAACUUCUGUUCUGCGACGUCUAAGGAAAACAGUUCUUUAUUAACUGCAGCCCAAUUCCUCCAUAACAGCAAGUCCAUCGAGUUUCCCUCUGGAAGCCAUCCAUAAUUUCUUCCUGCAUUCCUGUAUCACGUGUUCCAUUACGCCGUUCAUUAAGAAACGGGCGAUCCUGGCCACAUCUGUGAGUAGACCUGCUACAUUUUGUUGGGCAUUUUUAAUUUCAUGUAUUCUGAAUAUAUUACAUUUCCUUCU